AUGGUUAAUGAAGCCGAGUUUCUCGUCCUUCUCAGUCGACUGAAGCAUGCCCUAGGGGACCAGAUUUCGCAAUUAUCAUCCGAUGAGCUACGCACGGCACUUCACAUCGUGUCGGACGCAGCAUCAGACCUCAAACACCGCGUCAACGUAAUCGCACCGGUCAGCAAGCUUCCUACGGAGCUGCUCGGCCUUAUCUUCGAAUUUGCCAAGGGCCAUGAUGAGAGAGUCGAAGUCGAGGGCGGCGCGCCCCUCACGACAAAGAAGACUGCCCGAACCAACCUCAUUAACAUCACACAUGUCUGCCGUACCUGGCGCGCUGUUGCCCUCGCCUCACCCUCGCUCUGGGCAGACAUCCUCGUCGACGACCACACCAGCAGAUUACCGAGUGCAGACGCCUUUCUGGGCCGGUCUCAAACGAUGCCCCUCUAUUUGCAUGCGUCACAGAUGCGCGGCGCCGACCUGGCGCGGUUCUUGCAAGGCGACGGCGUCGCCUCUCGGAUUCGGCGGCUUGACCUCUCUUGGGACCUUUUCCACGACACCCCUGCAACAAAGAUCGAGCUCGACGCACCUCUUCUCGAAUGUCUGACCGUGGUUGCAAGCCGGGCUCUCCGACCGAUAGACCUCGUCAUCUCCAAUGCUCGCCUGAAGGCCCUCACUGUCUCCCUGAGGGACGACUUCAUCUGGACACCGAAGAUGUCAUUCUCACACGUCACCCACCUGUACAUGGAUGCAGUGUGCCACUACUGGGACUACGUUCCGUACGGCCUGGGGCCCCUCCUGAUGGGCGUACUGAUGAACAUGCCCGCCCUGCAGUACCUCCACCUCGUGCGCCUCACGGCGGAGGUCUUCGAGGAAGCGGAGCCCGAGCCUGAGCUGCAGCCGGUCGCGCUCCCUCAACUGCAGUGGUUUGCGUGUGUCGACUCGAAUCCAUCCGCUUCUCUCCGCCUUCUCUUGUAUUUGCUUCUUCCUGAGUCAGCGUUCGUAUACGUAGGCCAUGGAUGCGGCGCACGAGAACAAACGACCCUCGAGCCUCCUUAUGAAUUUCCCUCGCGCGAGCUCGUGCAGAGCUUCACACAUAUGGAGAUCGCGGCCUACGACCGAGACCUGCGCCUCGUCGCAGAAGGGCCUCACUCGGGGCUCUGGGUGGAAGGCCGAUACGCGUCCCCAUCUGAAGUUCAGUGCUUGCAGAGCUGUCUCCUGGCAAUGCUUCCUCUUGCGUCGAUAUGUACGUUGGACUUCCUCAUCAACAACGCGGAGGCCGUACAUGUCCUGCACAACCUCCUCCACCGCACACCAUCCCUCGUCGCGCUGCGCGUCCGAGUGCACCCGGACCUCUCGCUCAAUGGGCGCAGCUCAUUGCCCUCCCCCACGCUCGGACCGGUGUCCCCGAUGGACCUCCUGGAGGAGGCCCCAGUGAACGCUACUUGCGGAGGGCUCAUGGAGGACUUACUCGCUGCUCUCAAGCCGGGCGACGGGGCUCAAUCUGCCCCCUGCCCUACCCUGACUAGCAUUGACAUAGACGUACACAAGCUGAACCCGCAGGAUGCCUGGACGGCGGAUAUUGCGCUUAUGUUGGCUGCACGGGCGGGAGUUGGAGCCCCAGUCCGACACCUUGCGGUGCGGACAUCUGUGGAAACAUUGGUGUUGGAUGAAAACUUGGAGGUCGGCCAAGGUAACAAUAGGGACGCACUUGACGAGACUGAAGACUACGUACGCGGAGAGGACCUCAGUGUGGUCCCAAUGCAUAGGCACGAGUGGGACAUGCCCGAGGAGGCGGGGAAGUACUGGAUCGUGCCCGACUGGGGUCGACCGCAGUAUACCGACAGGCUAUAUUCAUUUACGGACAUCUAG